UUUUGUGCAUUUUGUACUGUAUCUUGCUAAUAUCUUUAUUUUGAAGGCAUUUGACUCCUAACAUUAAAGGAUAUAUGAGUCCAAAAUACACCUUAAGAAACGAUUGUGCACCAGCGUUUAUAGUGAGACAAAAGACAACAAGGCUUUUAAAAGUUAUAAAAGAAAAUGUCGUAUCUUAAGUCAAAGACACGGCCUAAGAAAUACGAUAAGGUUUCAAUAGAAUUUAAGAAAGAGUACGAACGCUUAUCUAAAAAGUCGAAAGUCGAAUACGAAUCCUUGGAAAAGAAUGACAAAACGGAAUUGCUACUUAGCGAGGGCCUUUCGGUUCAGAAAUCUGUUCCGAAGCUAAAGGAAUUUGCCCGUGCUAAACAAGGUAAAAUAGAUUAUGUGGACCAAAAUGAAAAUGUAUGUGUGAAAGACGACCAACCGGAUACAUUGGCUCGUAAGAAACCUCAAGCAUCUACGAAAGGCAAGAAGGAGAUUAGAUUACAGAAGACGGAAGAUUUAAAAACAAAACCCCGUCUACACGAGCAAGGAGUCGUGUCGAUACGGCCGGAUAAUCCCGACCUUAAAGUUGUUAUGCAGGGUAAGAAAAUAGAGAAGAAAUCUGAAGAUAAAGAAGAUGUUCAAACUGACGAAGGGAAGCAAGGAAGCUACCAACUGGAUUAUGAUGAGAUGUUGCAGUUUUACAACUCAAUGCCACCCUUUGAUAUUCCAACCACCAACCUUCCUGCAAAGUUUGCUAUAACAGGAUCUCAGAACACAUCCAUGCCAGUUUCUCUUGCUCAGAGAAAUCCACCAGAUGAGAGGGGUCUAAGUUCUGCCACCAGUAAAGGCACUCGAUCAUUAGUAGAUGAUGAACCAUUUAUCUUGCCAUGGUCCUCAGAAAGUAGUUCAUCUGGUAGACGAUCGUCUUGUCGGACAGCGUCGCGAGGUGAUCGGGCGGAAGACCGGAGUGUGGAGGAUGAGAAGUACAAACCCGUGUUCAAAGACGUUUUGUCGCGGCUGCAGUCAGGUGGUGAAGGUGAAAAGUUGAGCGUGUCUCAGCUGAUUCAAAUGAAACUGAAGCAGAUUACAAGUGGAAACAUUGACACGGUGGAUCUGGACAAAUCAAGUCACGCUUCUCAUUUAGACGUGUCUGAUAAGAACGAAGAUCUAAAAGUGCAUUCUGAAAUAGAGACGACAGACAAAGGAGCCCAUGGUGGUGUGAUCAGCGGUAAAUCGUCUGUAAUCGCCGAUGAAAAAGAAGAUUCAGAAAUCCCUCGUGAAAAUGAGGCAACUGCUGCACGUGAAAAAGGAAUAGGCGAGGAGGGCGAAAUUGAAGGCGAAACAUUAAGCAAGGUACAGGUAAAUCUUGAAGAUGAUUCAUUUGUGCCUGAAGAAGCUGGAGAACCUGUGCGUGAAAAAGAUGAAACAACGGAUGAAGUCGAAGAAAGAAAAAAGACAGCGUCUGGUUUGGCUAAAGAAUAUCCUCCGCCUACCUUACAGGAUUUGUUGCUUCCACUAAAGGUCACGGCUUCGGAUAUAGUCAGCAUUUCAGGCAAGAAGGCCGAGUUUGUUGAAAGGCCAGGCGUUCAAAGUAAAUAUAUUGUCUCAAGACCUGAGACAGCAGGAAAUAUUCAGCGUGAAGUCACUUUCCUGUCAACCUGGCAAGACAAAGAAAAAGCCACCUCAGUUAAGGUCGAUGAGAAGGCCGGAAUCAAUAUCCAUCAUUUUUGCUCACAAACGAACAGCGUGGAGUUACCAGCUCACCUCACUCGGAUAUCCAGAGAUAUGCACACUGUGGAUAAACACAGGGUCGUAGCUCACCGCUAUAGACCGAAUUCUCAGGACCCGCUCCCUCGCGCGUUUCCUAUAUCCGACGCUGUUCCGGGCUGUUGUGAACACAUAGAAACAGAUGUAGACUGGACGCAGGCUGCUGGUGACUACGAGCUAAAAAGAAAACUAUCAGACGUUGCUCGUGGUAUCCUAAAGAAUGCCGGACGUGAUGAAGAAACUUUGGAAAAUUUACAGAAAGUUGCCAAAGAUCUCUUUUCAGGCAUUUCCGAUGAACCUUUGACGGUCGAAGGAGUGAAAAUCGUCGUUAAAGAUGAUUCGACAAGGUUUUACUGGACACCGGCACCACCUAAACUUCACCUUUCGCCGUCAACAAUUCGUGAUCAGAUGUUUCCAGCCUAUCAAGGCGCACCUGUGCUAAAGGCGAGCACGGAGACUGAGUACGAGACUGUCCAGGGGUCACCAGAGGAUUCCGAUGAAGACGAGGUCAGCUUUGAUAAACUAGACCCUGAAGAUGCUGAAGCCAGACAGAGAGUUCUCCAACGUACCCAUGGUUCUCUCUCAAACAUCAUGGAUGAUUUGUCCCGUAAACCAGUGAAAUCACUGACUGGGGAGAAUCCUCGUGCUUCCCAUGUCGAUGUCGUGGAUAGAGGUAAAGCAGAAGGUGUCGAUGAAAAAUUCUUAUCCGUUUUGGAUGUUCGUCGUCAAAUGGCGAAAAUCAAGGAUUCUCUGAGGUGCUCUGUUGUGGGAAAUACAGAACCUGAUGACACGGAGCUGUUCUCGGGGGUAAAAACACAAAGAAGACAACAUUCACAACCUGAUCUCAGUAAUGAACUAAGUUUAUGUUUUGACACUGGCUACAACGCUAGUAUGCAAGAGCUUGGAGAACAAAUGAGUGCACUUGAAGCUAUAAAAAUGGAGAAGAGAAUGCACCAUCGAAGCGAGACCCCAAUUUCUCCAAAGAUUGAAACUUAUGGUGAAAAACAGGACUCGUUUGAUCUCUCUUCGUCAUUAAAUGCUGAUUCAUUUAAAGUUGAGACGGAACAGACAGACAAAAUAGAUAUUGGAACAGAGACGGCGUCUGUUUUUACCUCAUCGAGUAAAGCUGUUUUUUCUACGCCAAAACCUGGUAAAAUUUCUCGCAAGCCUCAGUUGUCCUAUGUCAGGCGAGGAAAGAAAGAUGUUAUGACUGAAAAAGAACGUCUUCGGAGAAAGAAAAUAAUGAGGAGAAAAGUGCAGGCGAUGUUAAGUGAACCACCUCGGGUUAUUAAAAGAUCAAAAUCAUUGCAAUUUUUAUCCAAUGAAAGAGGGCUGACUCGUUCACGAAGUCUUCCUUGUUUGUUCGAUUAUAAAGUUUUGGAUAACGAAAACAUGACUGGUGAUGAUUUAUUCUUCUGGGUUCAAGAUGAGUAUUGGUACAAAUGGCUUGAUGAGGUUUAUCCACCAAGUUUGGCGACUCCAGAUAUUCUCAGAGACAUAAAAAGCAGCUUAUCUGACGUUGAAAUACCAACCAGUGCCAUUUCGCCCAAUAUUUUGGACGAAGUUGAAGUAAUUGAACCACAUGUUGAUGAGUCAAGCAGACAGCUUUACGAGGACCUAAAGAAGGAGGUGGAAAAGAUUUCUGAUUUGAUCGACGAGGCGGAGAAACAAGAAACGCUUGCCUUAUAUUUAGCAAGACGAGGGGCAAUCUACCGAAAGCUGGGUCAUGUUAAGAAAGCCUGGGAAGACCUUGAACGCUCGAUCGAAUUAGAACCCCAACUUUUAACCAAUCGUUGGCACCGACAUCUAUUGCAUCUUUUGAACAAUAACCCAAAGAAAGCGUUGGAAGAUUUAACUUACAUAACGAAGAAAAACAGCAAUAUCGUGAAAGUAUUUUUAUCAAAGGCGGAGAUCUACAAGAAACAGGGUGACAGCACAAUGGCGAUCCUAAAUUAUUCUCAGGCCAUCAAACUGAAUCCUGGCGAUGCUGACGUCUAUUAUAACAGAGCGGCGUUGUUUCUAGACAAAGGAGACGUUGUUCUUGCCUUGGAGGACUAUAAGAAAGCAUCUGAGCUACAACCCAGCAGAACAGAUGCCAUGUUUUACAUUGGUAAAUACAAUUUCAACCAAAAUCAUUGGCCGGCUGCAGUGAAGUGUUUUACAGCCAUGCUAAAGCAAGAUCCUUUAGAUGCAAAAGCGUACUUGUUCCGGGGAAAGGCCUUUGCAAAACAGGGAAUUUUCAAGCCAGCCCUCAAAGACCUUUCGUCAGCUUUACAUUUGGACCCAAGAAGUAGCGAGGCUUUCUUUCAUCGUGGCUGUUUACUUCGCAAGAUCAACCCUCAAAAGGCUAUUCAAGAUUUAAGCGUAUCGUUGUUAUUGGACAGCAGCGUCGAUAACGUGAAUGCGUUUUUACAUCGCGGAAUUAUUUACACAGACUUAAAACGAUGGGACGAAGCCGUUUGUGAUUUUGAGUUUGCAUUACGACUGGACAAAUGCAUUGCCUGUGCGCAUGUCAAUAUCGGGCUCAUCAUGAUUACAAAACAUGAGAGUUAUGGCAGAGCAAUCAAACGGUUUUCAGCUGCAGUUCGUGUGGAUCCCACCUACGUGCGAGGUUAUGUUUGUCGCGCUGAGGCUUAUGAUAAACUUGGCCAUCUGAAAGAAGCCAUCGAUGAUUUCACUAGGGUGAUUCACUUAAGACCAGUGGUUGCUGAUCACCGCAUGUCGAGGGGCAAACUUCUUCUGAAGCAAAACAAAUUAGAACUCGCAAGUUUCCACAUCAGGCAAGCAGCUGAAUUGAGUCAAGGUCUUGGUGGUUCAGCGACACAGCAAGCUAUUGUUCACGCCUUUUUGCGUGAUUAUGACAAGGCGAUAGAUAUUCUCACGCGAGCAACGAGGAUCACUCCCACUACGACGAUGCUCAUAUUACUUGGCAAGACGUGCAUGAAAGCCAAGGAGUUUGAGAAUGCCAUCGCUAGUUUCAAGAGAGCCAUUUAUAGCCUGACGCCUUGGCAUCCGCGUAUCCAGAUGCCAUUAGAAGCAGCCACAGUUUACUUUAUGAUUGGAACAUGCUAUACAGAGCUGAACAAUCCCACCAGUGCAUUGGACGCUUUCAAUAAUGCCAUUAAAGUCAAUCCAGAUUAUGCCGAGGCUUACUACAAUCGUGGUCUCACCAAAAUGAAGUUAAAACAUGCAAAGAGUAUUCACGAUUUCAAUAGAGCUCUGGCUAUUAAUCCGAAAUUAUUCCAGGCGUUUUUAAGUCGAGCGGCAUAUUACGGUACAAAAGGACGAUUUUCAAAGGGAAUCAUGAACUGUAAUGAGGCCAUAAAACUUCAGCCAAGAAGUGUCCGCGCUUACUUGUACAGAGGUGCUUUGAAAUUUCACAUCUCAGCAUAUAAGCUGGCCGUUCGUGAUUUAACCGAAGCCAUCGCCAUUGAUUGUACAUGUUUAUUGGCUUACUUCAACCGAGCUGUUUGCUAUCAAGCUAUGAAAUACUAUCAGAAGGCUUUGAUUGACUACAGCACGGUAUUGUUAAGUAGUGAGGAACUUGACGUUAAGGUUUUACAAAACAGGGGUCUUCUUUACCUGGAUAUAGACGAUAUGGACAAUGCCCUGAUGGACUUUUCUCAAGCUGCGAAAGUCUCACCGAACAACCCAAAAAUUCUCCACACGCUUGGAUUGUGUUAUCACAAGUUGAAUCGUUUACAAGACUCCGUCAAGUCAUACACAGAGGCGUUACGGUGUGAUCCGUUCUUCAAAGAGGCUUACAUUGGACGUGGGAAUACUCUGAUGGACUACGGUCACAAUGUUGCAACCCGUUAUGCAAGGUUUGACUACUUAAAGGCAUUGCACAUCGAUCCAUUAUGUUUGCCAGCUCGAGUAAAUCUUGCCUAUAAUUUACAGGUUGAAGGGAAAUUCCAGAAGGCGUGGGAUCAAUUCACUGCUGCACUCAAUAUUGAUAAAAAUUUUCAGGCAGCUUUAGAAGGUCGGGCGAUUGUCAAUCUUCAAAUGGCCAACACGUUCGCUGCCUUUGUUGACAUGAACGACUGCUUGAAGAUUUCAAAGACUGCAGAACUGUUAACUAAUAGAGGCGUUGUUCAACAGUUCAUGGGUGAUACGGUAAACGCGAUGCGAGAUUAUCAAGCCGCAAUACGUUUGGAACCGUGUUAUUCCUUGGCUUAUUACAACGCGGCUAAUCUCUACUUUAAACAAAGACAGUUUCAACAGGCUUUAUCCUACUAUGAAAAGGCGUCGUCGUGGAAUCCACAAGAUGAAAGCGCCGUACUGAAUGCUGCUAUUACUAAGGUUUUACUAAAGCAGUUCGAUUCAGCACUAUGUGAUUUCCAAAAAGCAAUUGAAUUAAGUCCAUACUCAGCUCACAUUUUUCUCAAUCGUGGCAAUCUGUAUGCCUCACUUGGUCGGUAUGAACAAGCAGAAAAUGAUUACACUCAUGCGUUAGAGCUCAGACCAGGUGAUGCGCUGACCUACAAACGGCGUGCUGACGUGAGAGGAAAAUUGUCCAGGCGAGAGGAAGCCAUUGAAGAUUACAAAAUGGCGAUCGUUAUUCAAACUAGUGCAAAGCAAAGAUAACCUUAAUUUUAACCACUAAGAUUUUUCUAAGAGUUGAACGACGUUUUUUAAAGCAAAUUGUUAAUAUAUAUAUAUUG